UUGCGUCGGUUGCCUAGACACUUUUCCGUUUCCAAAAGCGCGCGGCGUCUGGUGCGUUUGUUUUCGCCUCGUACUCUGUUAGAUGCUGGCUGCAAUCGAAAACAAGCUGGGUGAAGAGUGACGCGUGAGGGCAGCAAUAAAAAGAAACCGCAGCGGCAGCACGAGGAGAAAUUAAGCUCAGGCGGAGGCUACGUAAAAACCGUAACUAAUCAGCGGGCCAUCAAUGGCGGCCACUUUUGGCCAUUUUGUGGCAUAAGCGGAAACGGAAAUAGGCCACCCGUCCCGACCCCAAAUAAACAAUCAUCACAUAAAUACGUAAUCAACAAGCGACUUCCCUUUCCCCAAAAAAGACGAAGAGAGAGAAUCCUUGGCUGGUAGCCAGCGCCACCCAUCCAAAGAAUGUAAAGCCGGAGUGGCAGCAGGAGCAACACGGACAUCCUGGGCGGAGGCGGAGGAGGCCAAAGUGUGAGUGAAGCGAUGUGAAGGCAAAGCAUUUUGCAAUAUUAAAGCACAGCGCGAGGAGGACGAGUGUACCUGUUGCCGGCAGGACAAAACAGAGGAGGCGCCGAAACAGGGUCGGGUGAAAGGAUAGCCAGCCAGCUGAAAGCCAGUUGAAAGGGCAAAAACCCGUGCUCAUCGCAACAAUGGCCGUAAAUGUGCUGGACUACGAUCACUUUGCCAUUAGUGCCAUUGUGGUGGGCAGCCUGCAGCUGUUCUUCUUCCUGGUCAACUCCAUGCUCCACAUGGACAAGCUGACGGACUUUGCCGGCGGCGUCAAUUUCAUCAUCAUCUCGCUGCUCACGUUUUUCCUCGGCCAAAUCGAUCGACCCUCGAAGGCCUAUGACAGUCGCCAGCUGAUGGUGACCCUCUUUGUCUGUUUGUGGGGCGCUCGACUCUCCGGAUAUUUGCUCUACAGGAUUGUCAAGCUGGGCCGUGACAAACAGUUCGAGGAUAUCCGCCGCAACAUCAUACGCUACGCGGUCUUCUGGACAUUCCAGGCCGUGUGGGUUUACAUUGUGUCACUGCCUGUAAUAAUUAUCAACUCGCCGCGCCACUCACAACCACAUGCUCCCAAGACCAUGACCACACUGGACUCCACGGGCACGGGUAUGUUUAUUGUGGGUUUGCUGGCGGAGACCUACGCGGAUCUGCAAAAGUUCUCGUUUCGCCAGGAUCCGGCCAAUCAGGGCAAGUUCUGCAACGAUGGCUUGUGGAGCGUGUCACGGCAUCCCAACUACUUUGGUGAGGUGGUCAUCUGGUGGGGCAUCUUUGCCAUAUCGCUGAACGUAAUCAGCGGCCACGAGUGGGUGGCAAUUGCAUCGCCAAUUUUUACAACAAUGAUCAUUCUCUUCCUGUCCGGGAUUCCGUUGAGAGAGCGAAGUGCCGAUGAGAAGUACAAAGAUCAGCUGGAGUACCGAAAGUACAAGGCCUCCACGUCACCGCUGAUUCCAGUGCCGCCUGCCGUCUAUGUGGAGGUGCCCAGUGCCCUGAAGUUCAUCCUGUGCUGCGAGUUCCCCAUCUACGACUCAAUGCGAAUCCAGAAGGACCUUAGUCCCUACUCGCUCUCUAUAGCACGCUCGCAUUCGCACAUCUAGCAGUCAGUGGCCCACUCCAGCAGUGCCCAUGCUGGCGUGGGUCAGGUUCACACCCAUACCCAUUCCCAGGGCCACGGUCAUCCCCAAACCCACUCGGGGGGCCAGUCAACGACGGGCCACUCGCUCCACAGGGGCCACUGCUACGGAGCCAACGGUGGUGAUGCCGAAAGCCACCACAAUUGCGGCGGGAGCUGCCGGAACGUGCACGUCAAGUCCAAUCCGUAUCAAUGUGAGGCGGGCUACGGCCACUACCCGCUGCGCCACACGGACGACGAAGACACGGACGAUGGGAUCAUCUACAUGGCCCGCACCCACUACUUCCACGGCCAGAAGGAGCAGGAGCAGCACCUGGCAAAGGCGGCGGCCAAGUGCAGCUACCUGGCGGAGGAGGAGCUGGCCUCCGACUAUGACGAGGACGUGCCGGCCAUCGAUCUCAGCAAGACCACCAGUGCGGAGAGCUUUGGCACCCGGGUGCAGACGGAGCAGGCUGUCAAUGCCGAUGGCCUGACCGUAACCGUGACCACGAUUUUGUGAUUGAAAUUUUAAGAUUGGUUUACGGGUUUUUACUACAAGGUGCGUGCAAAGGGGCAGACCACUGUGAGCACAAAUGGGGCUUGGUUUUUCUGUAUUUAAAAACUUGUUAAACUUUUUACUACAAAUGGGGUUAAAAAUGCCUCAUUCAAUAGAUAGUUUUUUCGAAUAUUAAAUAAGCUUUAAAUAAGAUCUUUAAAUCGGAUGGGAUUUCAGUAUAUUACAUUAAAAUUCUUUAGUUUUUGUGUAUUAGAAUUUGAAAACUUAACAUAAAGUCUAUUCAACAUUAAUGAAUAAUAGGCAGGGAAUAUAGUUAACAAAUAAUAUAGUAGGCAUCCCCUUUUAAAUUUCUUAUUUUUCUUAUUUAUUUUUUACAGUCUUCAGAUCUCUCUAUUGUAAAUAAUAAACUUUGUGCAACACCGCGAAUGAGUGAUAAGCUAUAUAAUACCUUAAUUAAUUCCUAAAAUAUUGAAUUGUCUUUCAAAUUCCGUGAGAACUCUUCUUAGCAUAAAAUUCAAUAACUGAGAAAAACCAAAAUAUGAUUAACAAAAAUUUGAAAACACUAAAAUGAAAGCCUAAGUUUGAAAUGCACACUUUGGUUGACCCUUUUGUACGUACCAGAAGCCUCGCUUAGGGCGAGCUGUGGGGGGGAUGGGAUUUUUUGCUGACGAAUGCCAAAGUACCGGGCAGUAGUACCAAGGAUCAUGGACUCAUGGAUACUCACAGCUGUAUAACACUCUAGUCUCUAUGCUAUAAUUGCUCAAAUAACUAACGUGCCUCUUAUGUGCUCUGCGCACCCUUAGAUUGUUGCACUCUUUCAAAGUUUACGUAAACUCUAGUCUCUGUUGAACCCGAAAAAUAUAUAUUGUAUACAUAUGUAUAUCCCUGUAUCAGCUACAUAUUUUCUUAUCGAACACACACACCCACCAAACAAAAGGAAUCGAAUCUGAAGCCAUUUGAACCGAAACAUAUCCCAAAGGCAACAGCAACUGCAACGGCAACCCAACCAAAAGGUCGAUUUACAUAUACAAAUCGUAUUCAAAGUACAAGAAUUGUUAGAUCGAAGUGCUUAGAGGGCGAUAUAGAAGGCGUUCGAUAGCCAUUGUUAUUUUAUAUACUGGAUUAACUACUCGUAAUCGUAGUGGCUAAAUGGAAAUAAACUCAAUAUGUAUGUUACCAAAAAUGUUCUCGAUAUGCGUACGUGUCGUCUGUGUCUAGUUUGUGUCUCAAAUGUAAAGCAGUAUUACCUAAUGAACGAAUUGUACCUAACUGAUUAUGCUGAGUAUGUAAACUAAUAAACGAAA